GUUUCACAAACAACAGACAGCCCUGGAUCCCGAUCAACCCGGAGUACUACUGCACAAACGUGGAGACAGAGACUAAAUACAACAGUUACAACCGGCAGCAACCUAGCGCCUUGAUGAAUUUCAAGGAAAUGGCCAAACUAAAACGGGCCAUGUAUGAUGAUGCAAUCACCAACGGAAAAUUCCGCUCUCACGUGUUGAACGAUCAGAUUUAUGCUUUUACCAGAACGGGCUCUCGGUUCACGUACCUUGUGCUGCUUAACCUGGGGAAACAUUUCAGCGAUUCCUUCAAAUUAGCGAGCAUGGUUCCAGAAGUCAACAGGUCGAACGCAAGAUCGCUCGUAGCCCGCAGCGCCAAUUUGGGAGAAGAGUGUGCUCCGAACAACUGCUUCGAUAGGAUUUUCUCGGAAGAUUGGAACAUGCCUCCAAAAUCAGGCCUAGUUGCAGCUUUCACCACCGUGCGAACAACUUUGUAAGUUCCAAUUAAAAGUUUGAU